AGAUUUCUUAUUGAAAUGUGCUCGUUGUGAAGUGAAAAUGCACAAAUAAUAUUGUUUCAAUAAAUAGUUUGUUAACGUAAGUGAACACGCAUAGGAUGGAUAACGAACAACCCCACCAAGAGCUUGUCAAGUGCGUGGUGGUGGGUGAUACAGCCGUGGGGAAGACUCGUCUGAUAUGUGCCAGGGCAUGCAACAAACAUGUCUCUCUCUCUCAGUUGAUGACCACCCACGUGCCGACAGUGUGGGCGAUCGACCAGUACAGGAUUUAUAAAGAUGUCCUGGAAAGAUCUUGGGAAGUUGUCGACGGAGUGAAUGUAUCCCUCAGACUCUGGGAUACAUUUGGAGAUCAUGAAAAAGACAGACGUUUUGCUUAUGGCAGGUCCGACGUAGUGCUGCUGUGUUUUUCAAUAACAAAUCCUAUAUCCUUAAGGAAUUGCGGUGCGAUGUGGUACCCAGAGAUACGGCGUUUUUGUCCAAACACACCAGUACUUCUGGUGGGAUGCAAAAAUGACUUACGAUAUAUGUACAGAGAUGAGGCAUAUUUAAACUUCUGCAAAGAUCGCAGUCCCUUUAUAAGGGCACCAAGGAAAAGCGAUCUAGUAAUGCCGGAUCAAGGGCGCGCUCUGGCACACGAGUUUGGAAUAUAUUACUAUGAGACAUCUGUAUUUACUUAUUAUGGUGUCAAUGAGGUGUUUGAGAACGCUAUCCGAGCAGCGCUGAUUGCAAGAAGACAGCAAAGAUUUUGGAUGACCAACUUGAAACGUGUACAAAGACCUUUGUUACAGGCUCCUUUUAGACCGCCACGACCGUUAGAGCCAGAAGUUUCGGUCGCGGGCAGUGACUACUUGGAAAAUACGGCAACAUUACUACGGCAACAGGUAAGCAGUAUGGGCGAGGCAACAGCAGGCGAUUUCAAUGAAGACACAGAGUUUUUAAUUAGGCAAGAUCAGGCAAAACAGUUAAGAGUAUGGGAUCACAUAAAGCGUCGUUCAUCUUGCCAGAUCUUAACUCUCAGCGACAAUUGUAAGAAGCCGCCGGAUUUGUUCAGAGAAGUCAACCAUCCCGCCAUUUUGUCAAUCAAAGUUGUGAAGUGCGACAAAAUCCAGCACGCGACUUCGCAGACCCAAACUAUUGUGACUAUGAGCAAGCUUAUAUCACAAAAUGUGAUGCAAGAAAUUAUCAAUUUCAUAUACACUGGCGUUAUCGACAGUACAGCAUUCAAACAACAGUCCGCAGCUAUCGGAUUAUUACUGGAAAUCCGUCAAGCAGCCGAGCUGUUGGGAUUCCCCGAGCUAACGAAGCUGAGCCAGUUCAUACUGGACAAGCAUCUUUUGUUCGAUAAAGGAUUCAUGCUACAGUUCCACACUCCCUUGCCCCAGAGACUUUGCGAGAUGUGUGUGGAAAGGAACAUGUUCGCCGAUGUUACUUUUGAUCUCGACGAUGGAAUACAUUUGGCUCACCGCGCGAUACUGAUGGCAAGGUGCGAUCCAAUGAAAGCCAUGUUUCAGGGACAUUUUCGGGAGAGUACUUCUAGAGUGAUAUCAUUCCCUGGUGUAAAAAUGUAUGCAUUCCACAUACUUUUGUGCUACAUUUAUUCAGACAAAAUACCAAUAGUGGAACCCACGAGAUGCUUGGAACUUCUUGAGUUAGCCAACCGUCUGUGUAUGAAUAGACUGGUUAACCUGGUGGAGGCGAGGGUUAUAGAUCAGCUGCAGCAUCAGGAUAGACUUGGCGAUGAGGAUCAAGUUGUAGAAAUAGCUCUGUUUCUGCUUGAGCCAGUUAAGUUACACAACGCACACAAUCUGUCUGAGUGGUGCACUUGGAGACUAUGCGGUGCUUACGACAGGGUUUGCAGAGCUAAGCACCUCAGCCCUGCCUCCAGGGAUUACCUGGCUGAUAACAGAUGGCCGCCUGUUUGGUAUGUUAAAGAGUUCGAUUAUUACCAGAAGUGUCUGGCGGAACAAUCGAAAGAACUGAAGGACACGGCACGACCGACAACAUCAUUGCAAGCUAACCAACAGACUGGUUGCCUGUGCUUUACUAGUAAAAUUCGCAGAGAAAGUGGAGAGGCGGUAGCGGGAGCUGUAGCGGGCGAGGUACCGGACGCGACCACCGCCCUAUGCCGCAUUGAUCCAGCGCAACCGGCGCCACUCUGACGUAUGCCUUAUUGGAGAUCGCUUCGGACUGCGGUGCUCCUGCCAGUUUCAAUGUGCUUCAUGAGCACAAUACUGACUAUUUUAAUAAUAUUUCACGUAUACACUUAAGUGCGGGUUUAAUCAAAAUACAGAUCGUAGACUCACAUAUACAAAAUAGACCGAUUUAUUUGAAGAAAGUUAUUUGUAAAGUGAAAUCUUUAGGUAUGUGGAGAAGCAAUGAAGUGGUAUCACCGUUAUGGCAAAGAGAUUAAAUUAUAAUAUAUAUUAGAUAGAGCAGACAACACGAAACGUCUUAAAGUGCGCUGUGUAGGUAAUUUAUAUUGUAAGUGUUAAAUGAGACAGAUAUGUAACUCUCGAUGAAAUCGGCUCGAGUGGAUUAAGGGCGCGUAACCAGCCAGAGAUUACCUUGUCAGAGUUAAUGUAUAAUCAUGCAUCGUGGCAGUACAAUGGCGACAUUAAAUAACCACACGGUUGCGUUCCCGGAGUGCUUGCAGAAGUGAAAACAUGAACAUUAACGUUGUGCAUUUUUGAAUAAUUUUGAAUGGUUAGGAAUUUCGCACGAAUUGCUUUAUUUUUCAAUAGGUAUAAAAGUACUUGCAUUUAUGUGGUUAAAUACAAUACUCAUUUAUUGCGCAUUCGUACACAAAAAUGACAAUUUAUAUUACAUAAAAAAUUUAACGCUUCAGAACUAUUGCAAUAAUUGUACAUUAAAAAAUUUAUCCCUCAGAAAAAUUAACUUUCAUCCACAACCUCAAUGACUGUCUUACGAAUUUUCUAUCAGUUCACGUGUCCUGCCGCGAGUUUAACAUUUUAUAUCCAUCCCAAUAAAAGUGCUCGACGCCGCAAAAGAAGUUUUCACUUCAAAAUAUAAUACUACUAUAAUAUAACUAUAAUAUACCUAAUUCAUCCAAAUAAAUCAAUUUUUCAUAAUAUCAUUUCGCAACACUCUGUAUGUAAGCAAUCCAGCCGCCGGGAGUUAGUGUAGGCACUGACAUCUACUGAAAACGUAGUGCAACCACAUAAGGGUGAUUAAAAUUUUGUUUUCUUUUAUAAUUUGUUUGAUAAUUUCAAUGUAAUUUGUCACCAAUGUAAUUUCACGCUGUAGGUAAUUACAAAUAGGUAACAAAAAAAUUGUACAUUGUCCCCAAAUUAAUAAUGCGCAUACAGAUAUUCGCCACUUUUCGGCAACGCGGUCGUAUUUCCCAACCGUCGGGAGACGAUAUCUAUAUAGAGAGGUAAAAUGCAUUACUUUUGCAUAAUUUAGUAGAAUUAUAUUACAAUAAUAAUAACAAGAGGGGUGUAUAAUAGGAGCUCUAUAUAAUUCCACAUAGACUGAACACGUGCAGUCGGCACCAAUACUCAAAGACGACAGACUGACCGGCUACCACAGCCGACCGCCCGAUUUGUUUUCGUAUUGUGAACUCAUGAUUUGACUCCUAUUUCUUUCGCACAAGGUGCAAAAUGCAAGUGCAUUGUUUAGGGCUCUUACGAUUGAAUGAUUCGGGUGUUUCCGGGACUACGCCCGUUAAUUUGGGAGCACUGUAUAUCGAAUUACUGACUUCACAUUAAAGUUUUUACUUCUGGCGCGUGGUCUUACCACCAUUUUUUUAAGCAGUUUGUGGUUAAUUCGUUUUUAUAUCUUGUUUUUGGAGGAAAGAGCUGUGAUAUAGGUUAGUGGCAUCUAGAAUGAGGAAUUUCUCGUCCAUUCUGUGACGAACGUAACGUAAGCAUGCGCUUAAAUGCGCGUAAAACUUUUCUUUUUAGUUAUAUAAUAAGGCGUGCAUAUUGUUCUUUUGAUUGUCCAGUUAAUAAGCUUAGCUGAUCUCGUAUUCAUAUAUGUAAAUUUAUGCUAAAUCACAUGAAACAACAGAUAAGUAUAUUUAUUUAACCUCUUCUCUGUUGAUAAGCUAGCUACACUUAAAAAAAUUGUCCCCUGGAGGGAGUAACAUAAUAUAAUAUAACAUAAGUAUUAAAACACUGUAAAUUAUAAAUUUAUUUUUAUAGCGAGAAAUUAUCAAUAUUUAAUGAUCUCGUUUCGCAUGCUUUGCUGCCUGAAUGGAAAUAAAUAUUAUUCAUUUCAAGCACUGCGCAAAAUGUAUAUUUCGCUAGAUUUUAAUUCAUAAUUAUAUUUAAUCAUACUAUGAAGUAUUGGGUUAAUCAUUUUUAACUUGUGUAACUUAUUUUUUACUAUAUUAGUUUUAAACU